GAUGCCGAACAAGUACAAGGACUCGGUCUUCGUCACGGCGGUGGAAUUUCUCCGGCAUAGCCGAAGCUGCAAAUCCUCCGCCACCACCGCGGCGGCGAAACGCACAUCUAGCUCCAGCCAUGGCGAACCCUAACGCUGAAGAACAACCUGAAUUGAAGCCCAAGGAAGAAGAUUCAGAAGCAGAAUUGUUGAAUAUGCUGCCUUCUUCCUCCUCCUCCUCUUCCUCUUCCGAUUCUGAUUCCGAUUCCGACUCAAAAUCAGACAGCGAGUCCGAAUCCGACGACGAGCCCAUUUCCUAUGUCCGACCUGACGGUUCCGUUCGUACGGUUUCUCCUUACGAUUCGGACCAAGAGAACACUCCUGAGGCCAACAUUAGCCGGUUCAACAAAGUGCUGAAUUCGAAGCGCCUGUUGAAGGCGGAGGAGGAGGAGGAGGAGGAGGCCGAGGACUACGAGGAGCUCUUUGAUUUCCCGCCCGACCCUGAGAACUGGCGGGAGGAGGAUUUGAAGGAGCUAUGGGCGGAUGCUCCGGUGGCAAUGACGAAACCGGGCUGGGACCCGAAUGAUGUGGAUGAUGAUGAAGUGGAUAUUCUCAAUGAUGAAAUUGCUAAUGGCCGUGAUCCUCCAAUUGCCCCGUUCUAUGUGCCGUACAGGAAGCCUUAUCCUGUGAUUCCGGAUAACCAUCAUGAUAUUUCGACUCCCAAGCAGGUGAUUGAGGAGCUGGAUAGGAUUGAGGAGUUUCUGACUUGGGUUAGCUACAUCUUCCCCGAUGGCAGCACAUAUGAGGGCACUGUUUGGGAUGAUCUGGCUCAUGGAAGAGGCGUUUUUGUUGCCGAAGAAGGUCUGGUGAGGUAUGAAGGAGAAUGGCUCAAAAACGACAUGGAAGGUCAUGGAGUUGUUGAAGUUGAAAUUCCCCAACCGGAACCUAUUCCGGGUUCCAAGCUUGAAGCGAAGAUGAGGGCUGAAGGGCAUAUAAUAUCUAGAGAUUAUAUGACGCCAGAAGAUAGAGAGUGGCUUGAGAUGGAUAUUGAAGAUAGUUUGAAAUUAGCUGAUGGAGAGUUUGAAGUGCCCUAUUAUGAAAAUGAAGAGUGGGUCAGACAAUUUGGACAGAAGCCGGAAAAAGGUCGGUAUCGAUAUGCUGGUCAAUGGAAACAUGGGAGAAUGCAUGGUUGUGGCGUAUAUGAAGUCAAUGAGCGAAUUACAUAUGGACGAUUCUACUUUGGUGAACUUUUGAACGACUUAGCCGGUUGUGAUGCUGACAUAUCGGGGAUGCAUGCAGGAAUCGCAGAAGUUGCAGCUGCAAAGGCACGUAUGUUUGUCAACAAGCCCGAUGGAAUGGUCAGAGAAUACUUUGGUCCGUAUUCGGAUCCUCAGCAUCCGUAUUUUUACGAGGAAGAGGAUGUGUGGAUGGCUCCAGGCUUUAUAAAUCAAUUUUAUGAAGUUCCGGACUAUUGGAAAGUGUACGUAAAUGAAGUCGACCAAGAAAGAGAGAUGUGGUUGAACUCGUUCUAUAAAGCUCCACUAAGACUGCCUAUGCCGUCUGAACUUGAAUAUUGGUGGGCUAAUGAAAAACAGCCGGAAUUUGUACUUGUGAACAAAGAACCAGAGCCUGACCCUGAAAAUCCCGACCAGCUCAUAUACACAGAAGAUCCCCUCAUUGUACAUACUCCAACUGGAAGAAUCAUUAAUUAUAUAGACGAUGAGGAACAUGGAAUACGAUUAUUUUGGCAGCCUCCAUUAAAGGAGGGCGAAGAUAUAGAUCCGGAAAAAGUUGAGUUUCUGCCUCUGGGAUUUGAUGAAUUCUAUGGACGAGAAACAGAGGAGCCGAAAGACAACUUGAUGAUUCGCUUUGUCAAAUAUUUUGAUAAUAAAACCAAGCCGUUUUUCGACAGUCUACAGAAAUGGGCAGAUGAGAAGAAGAAAGCUAGUGAGGAAAGGAAAGAGCUAUUGAAGGCAGAACUUGAGUUGGCGGAAGCUGAGCUGUCUCUGAAGGAAGCCAUUGAAGACAUGGAUGAGGAGUUAAAGCUAAUGGAGAAAGAAGAGGAAAAGAAAGCUUUACAGAGUACUGAAACCGAAGAUGUUUCAGCGUCCGAUCCAGCGAAGCAGGUGCAGCAAACUCCACCUGAAGCUGAACCCAAAAAGGAAAACGAAGAUGAAGAUGAGGAAGAAGAAGAAGCAGACGAAGAAGAUGAUGUUACUCCUUCGAGCUUUGGGUCUGUCGAAGAUUCAAAAUCGACUAAAAAUGAUGACAAUAGCGGUAAACAGGGGAAAUCAACAUUCGCAUCGACAUCCCUCGCAUUUGCUACCUCUAAUCUCAUUUCUCUGGCUCCCAUGAAGUUGCUGGAUUCGUUCUCAAGGUGGAAACAGGGAAAACAUCGAAACCAAGCUUCAGAGACUGCUCCUGCGCCUGUUCUUUGCGACACAUUCCAUCAUCUUCCACAAAAGAAUCCAUCUACGGUGAGCUUCGCCUACACUGGUACCAAAAACUUGAGGAAACUCAGAUGCGUGGGGCAAAAACCGAGAGCGCUGCACAUCUCCAAGCCGAGCUUGAGAAGGCAUUCGAAGCAGGUGGAAGCAGAUGCCGUGAAUCUGGAGAGGAAUUUCAAUGUAUUGUCGUUGCAUACUCAGGUAUCGCCACAACCAUUUUCUUGUCUCUGUUGAUUUUUGUCGAAUUUUUGAGAGGCAUCAAAUUUCUUCUUGUCUUGAUUUAAUGAAUGAUCUGCUCUACAUGGAGAGAGUCAAGUUGAUGUUUCAAAUGAGCUGAGGAUUAAUUUUAUGUUGUCACAUAACUAUUUCGAUUUCUUUCUUUCUAUUGGAAGAACCAUUUUGGAAUAAGUA